AUGGCUUUCCUCUGGCUGGCCGUGUUUCUGAUGCCCGUCUCCUGCCUGCUGCACACGGACCAGGAUGCAAACUCACCAAUUAAGAACUUAAGGAUGGAGCCGAGAAGUCGAAGAUUGACCUGGGACCUCAAUGGAAAUGUUACUGAAAUUAAGUGUGUUGAAAAUCCAAAUUAUCCCAUAAAGGCAAAAAACAACCGCUAUUGUGAGUUUCGUGCGCUUCCCUCAUGCAAAGCAAAGAACUACACGGUCAACGUCACCAGCGGUCAGAGCUUCUCGACGUCGAUUUUGUACCCCGAGCAAGAAGGGAAGCCUGGGGCAGCUGCCGAGAACCUGAAGUGCUGGGUUCACGACGUGGAUUUCCUGACGUGCAGCUGGACGGUGGGCAGGGAGGCCCCCAGCGACGUCCAGUAUCGCCUCUACGUGGAGGACCUGAAGACCCACGAGGAGUGGCAGUGUGCACGUUACAGAGCGGACGAGCGGGGGACACACACCUGGUGUCAUUUCGAUGACGUCUCCAGAUUCUCUGACCAUUUCUACCGGUUCUUGGUGAAUGGCACCAGCCGAGGCUCCAGAAUCCCCUGCUCUGAGAUUUUUGAAGAAUUAUCGGAAAUUGGGAGCUUGGACUUCCUGCAGGGUCCAGGUGAGACUCCGAGCAGGCAGGAGGCCUAUUUUAAGAGUAUGUCCAGAAAACUGAUUUUGACUUGCUUUGCUCAUACGAGUGUCUUUUUUCCUCGCCUAGAGAGAUUAAGCCCACCCAACGUCACGGGAUGGUGUAAUAAAACCUACGCUCUCAUGGAGUGGAGAACAUCAAGCCACUUCACUCGAAGAUUUAACUACGAACUUCAAAUACAAAUGGGCACAGAUCCUGCCUACACAACACAGGUGAGCGCCCCCGUCCUCCCUGAAUAUGGCAUCGGCAAGUGCAAGUUGGCUAUUUUUAUUACUGCCCAUCCAGCAGCGCCCACAUGCCAGACUCUGCAUGUCCUGAAAAAAAACUUCUUUGUGCUAAGCAAUCCCGGAACCUACACCGUGCAGAUAAGAACCCAGAGUUUCUUCACCAAAAUCCUAAGCGAGUGGAGUGACCCCAAACGCUUUGUGUGUGACCCGGAGAAGGAGGGCGCGGGCCUCCGCGUCUGGCUGACCGCUUCGCUGACCGCGCUGGGCACGCUGCUGGCUCUCGGGCUCCUGCUCCUCCUCUGCAGAAGGUACUCGGUGACGCAGAAGCUGUUCCCCCCUAUCCCCCGCAUGAAGGACCACAUCACCGACCACCUGCAGAACAAGCUGAUGGUCUGGGAGGCCGGCAAAGCCAGCCGGGAGGAGUGUCCGGUGGCCGAGGUGCAGGUUCUAGGGGAAACGUGAAGCCGGAGGCCAGGCCUUGUUCUCGGGGGCGACCAG